AUUUUCCAUUGAUUUGGUCCUUCUGAUUUUCAGACAACAUCAUAUAGAAAAGCCUUCGAAAAUUUUUAUUCUCUUACACGUUGAUUUAUUCCUAGAUUCUUUCCAAUUUUCUUUGAUGGAUUCGAUGAAUAUCUCGUAUAUACUCCACAAGAUUCUCUGUUUUAUAUAUUUUCAGCACCAGGAACCCAAGAAUUUGUAGAAAAUGCGAUUCAGGUUCCAACCAGUUAUGAUGAGAAAUUAAACGAGCAACAAUAUGAUCAGCUCCCUGUGGAUGCACAUGAAAUUCUACAGCUUUUGAUGAAGCAGUUAGGCCAACCUGGGACAUCUAAUUCCAUAGAUGAAGUCAAUCUACUGCCUGUACCCGGAGCAGAAUGGCCGGAGAAUCAGAUGGCAGCUGGAUUUCUGUCGUUGACCCAGCAACAAUUUGGUCAACCAGCAGAAAUAUCCACGGCAGAUUCUCGUUCCACAGGAACUAUUGGUGAGAGUGAAAUUAGUGAAGCAGAACGGUGGAAACGGCGCGAGAGAAAAAGAGCGAGCGAUCGAGCAUAUAGGAAAAGGGAAAAGGAAAAGAAACAGAAACUUCAGGAUGAUAAUCAGGAAAAGGAUCAGCGAGUGAAGACACUUGAUGCGGAAAUAGAACGAUUGAAGCAUGAAUUGCUGAAGGAGCAACAGCUAAUGAAGUCUGCGCAGCUGAAACUAACCAAACUUGAGGCUGAAAAAGAACUUUUGAUGGCGGAAAAUCAAUCGUUGAAUGAAAGAUUGGAAGAUAAGUCAAGGGAAAUGGAUCAGUUGCUGGGGAAAAUUGAGUACACAGAGCAACAAAUUAUAAUUAAGAAUCCGGAGAAGAAACUAAAGAAACAGGUCAAGAUGGCGGGAACUGCGGAAGAAACUAAACGACACGCGUUCAAGUCAUGAUAAAUAUGACAAGUGAAUGUCUAGGUUGCCUGAUUUGGUUGGAUUAUCAUUGCCUUGAGGUGAUGAUAAAAGGCAAAUGGAAGAAUGAAGUGUGGAUAAAUGCAUGGAGAAGAAUAAGGGGGAGAUUUAUAUGAUGCAGUUUCUGCUUGUAUUUAUAUAAUGAAGUUGUGAUAGAUUUUACUCAUUUAUAGCGGAAAAUGAAUUAUUAUGAUUUUAUGUAAGAGGAUCCUAACUCUUUAAUUAUUUAAAGAUUUUGAUGAGUAAUAUUAAAUUGUAUAAUGGGUG